UGAGCGGAAGAAGGACCAGGGGAAGCCUCUUGCCUCUAGAGCAUGGCAACUGCUCCAACCACAUCGGCACUGGUCUGAGAGGGAAACUGCAGACCUUUCCUGGGAAAAUGGUAAACACUGCCAUCUGUGAUGAAGAAACUGGAAUGCAAGACAAGGAAGGUACAGAGGAGUCCAUUCUGGCCAUGCUUGGGAUCAUCGGCACCAUUCUCAACCUGGUAGUCAUCAUCUUUGUCUACAUCUACACCACGCUGUGACUGUGAUAAAAAUACAUUCCUAUCGUUUGCAUUGAACAGCACAGCAGACCUAACGGCUGCAGCCAUGUUAUUUGGCUGGGAGUUGGAUCUGUGCCGAGGCGGUGCCGUGUUGUCGAUCGACAUUCCCAACAUUCAAAGGCAUCUAAGACUGUGUGAUUACCGCGACGCUUGUAACCUACGGCAGGGUCACCGAGCGGUGUUGAGACUAUGUCUAUUGGAGACUGGACCAUUCCUAUGGGGCCUUUGUCCCGGGCCGUCAGUAUCAUCCCGAGUCUCUGAUACUACUUUGACCUUUUAACCUGUAAAUAUGCAUGAGGCUAGCGCGAGCCACUUGGUAAGUCAGCUCUCGAGAUCCAGCUUUCUUACACAGGUACCAAGACAAGGAGAAAGUGGAAAAAAAGGCCUGAUAAACAUUUUGAUAUUAAAAAGGGAAAAGCAUGAUAAUCAUACCCUCAGAAUGGACAGAUUACAUUGAAACUGUAGACUGGAGAAGUCAUGUACAUUAUGAUCAAAUUGAUAGUUGAUAGAUGAUAACUCUAUUUACACGAGCACUAUCAUAUAGUUAAAAAUUAUGUUUACAGAAAAAUACUUUGAACUGAGUGUGUUUUAGUGGGUAGGUGGUAGCAAUGUGUAAGUCAACCUAAGUUUAUGAUGGUUCUAUACUAUUUAUUGUUGUGUUCUGCUUUCUAUUUUCAGGAAAAUAUAUUUUGGACCCUGUUACUUUACAUCAUUAUUUUAUUGUACGUACAGUGAUAGAAAAGGAGGCAACCGGUUUUUGUCUAUCUGCUUUUUGGCACUAGCAAAAUGGGAAAUCUAAGACUUCUUGUUAUUGUUGCUGAGAGAAAUCUUCUCAGGAGUAUCAAGAAUCCAAGUAACUUAAGUUAUGUUUCGUUUUGUUUUCUGGAGGUGGGUAUUUGGUGAAGUAGGGGGUAGCAUCAAAUAUGAUCACAAAUGUGCGAUCUGCAUGCGUCAUGAUAUAGUAUUAAAAAGCGCAUUUAAAAUGGUAGUAUGGAAGAAAAUAUUAUUGUUCUAAACUUUAUCUAAAUGUAUAUAGCAUUUACUGAGCUUUCGAGCUUUGACUGAAUAGACUCCUUUUUGUGUUGCCCUCUCCUUCAGGACUGUGCCAAGUCAUCUAACGUAAACUUCUGCAUAUUAACUGCAAUGCCUUGAGAUGAGAUGUAUAGUGAAUUUAAAAGCACAAUUUGGAAAUUACUAUUCACAGUAAGUACGAAUGUAUGGGCAAAUGUGUGUAAAAAUGUAUACGCUGAAGCCUACAACCUCUUAUGAUUUCAAAAAAAGUGCCUGAGUUCAAGUUCAGUAUCUCAAUCCCAUCGUUCAGAUCUCAAAGCAGAAGAAGAUAAUAUGCAAGGGGAUCCAGUGGCAAGACAAACCACACAGAACAGAAUCUGCAAAAGUGCUUGGCUAAUUAACCUGGAUGUAAUGGCUAUCUAAAACAUCUCCAGAACACUGGUAAUUAAUUGCAGAUGAUCCUAACUCGUAUUAUGAUAUCCUCCAACUUUGUCUACUCUUGAUUUCCCUGUAAGGAGCCAUUCGAAAAGGUUCGGAAUUACUCCCAAAGGUGACUGGUUCCUGUUCCUAUUCCUCCAGACAUAGCAGAUAUUUGGAGGAGGUACAGUAGUGUAGUAAGUACAUGGGCAGUGUUGAGAAUGUAUUUCAGAUUUGUAAUUGAAUUGUAAGUCCUUGCCUUUCUGUUUCUAUUUAUAUUCUUGUGUAAUUUAAAUGCCUAGUGAAACCAUCUCUUAUUAAAUGCAGUUUCAUAGCAUUGCAUGGGUCUCAGUAACCAUGAGCAUCGUUUUAUUAACCUUUGACCUGAUAUUAUAAAAUCCCAGAUUUAAGCUUUUAUCAGAUAAUUCUAUUUUUAUGUAGUUGUACACUUAUCUUUGAAUUCUCAGAGCCAGUUUUCCAGACUCCUGGACUAAAAAGCUCUGACAAAUGUAGUGCUUCUUAGUCCAGGAUUAGUCUUAAUCUGGGUCUGGGAAACUGGCCCACAAAGCCUAUUAUACAUAGUUUGAUGGGUAAUACUAGAAGUAAAAAGAAAAAUACUUAAAUCUUAUCUUCCUAUUAUUAUUUUUUUCCAUGUCUAAGAUAGUUUUUAA